UCCGCUUGGCCUUUCCACUCACUACCAAUAUGGUAGUGACAGGAAGCACACUUGCGAGCAGUGGGAGAACAUGGAACGAGAUGGAUUUUGGUCGACAUUAGGCAAAUGUUCUCAUCGAUUAAACAUUUGAUCUCAAUACAGAACUUUCCAGCUAGCUAGUCUCUGCUCUUUCUCCAACUGACAACACUUCUAGCCCCAUGGCAUCCGAACGCAGUUUCUCCGAUAGCUUCAUAGACGAGAACCCACAGAAAGCUAUCGAGGAACUUAACGAAGCAUUGGAAGGUAACUCGGACAAUUCAGAAUGGUUCUGCCAACGAGCCUAUGCCCACCUCCAACUGAAAAACUACAGCUGUGCUGUCGAUGAUGCCAAGAAAGCCCAGCAGCUCAACCCCAGUCUUGCGCUUGCCUUCAUGAGAACAGGAAUGGCAGAGUUCCACCUUAACCACUUCGAGUCGGCACAUGCUGCCUUCACUCAGGGACACAGCCUGGACGGCUCCGAUAACACUUUCCAAAUGUGGAUCAAACGCUGUGAGGAGAUGAUGGAGAUGGCCAAUCAGAAUGGAAAGGAGAACAAGACACCGACGCCACACAUUAAGCAUGACUGGUACCAGACAGAGUCUCAGGUCAUCGUCACCAUCAUGGUGAAAAAUGUGCCUAAGGAUGGGGUCAACAUCAACUUCGAAGAGAGACAGUUGUCGGCGGUGGUGAAACUUCCGUCGGGGGAGGACUUCAGCCUGAACAUGAACCUACUGCAUCCCAUCGUCCCCCAACACAGCACCUUCAAGGUCCUCUCCACUAAGGUGGAGAUCAAAAUGAAGAAGACUGAGGGGACCAGGUGGGAGAAACUGGAGGGUGAAGGACAGGAGCCCAGCGUCAAACACUUCACCCCCAACCAGUACCCGUCUUCGUCCCACUCCAGCCGUAACUGGGACAAGGUGGUAGUCGACAUCAGUGAGGAGGAGAAGAAGGAGAAACUGGAGGGAGACGCAGCGCUCAACAAACUCUUCCAGCAGAUCUACGGGGACGGCACCGACGAGGUCAAACGGGCCAUGAACAAGUCCUUUAUGGAGUCAGGUGGUACAGUCCUGAGCACCAACUGGACGGACGUUGGGAAGAGAACGGUGGAGAUGAGCCCUCCAGACGACGUGGAGUUUAAGAAAUACUGAAGAACCAGAGGGGUGUCGCUCUCUGUACUACACAGUCCUACGUUCCCCCUCUCUUCCUCAAGUGGACCGCCCCAUAUCUCCUCUACCCCCACACACACUCCUCAUCCCAGGCCGUCUGUCAAUAUUGCUUUCUCCCGGCCAACUCUCUCGUUCUCUCUUUGCCUCCUGUGGACGUCCACCUUAUUCGCCAAAACCCACCUUUUCCAACACCUCCCCCUUCCAGUCUCUGUCAAUAUUGGUUUUUAGAGCUUUGGUGAUUCUCAGCAGCGAUCCAGAAACCACUCUUUACCCUCAUUAAACCAUUCUCACACUCUAUGAAGACUGUCAUAGAUAUAUCAAACUGUCUUUCCUAGAUCUCAUAGAAACAGUAGGAAUCAUCGUCAUGGUCAGUUCUGGCUGUUUGAUGGUUAACCUGGUUAAAGGCGGCAAUGAGUUGAAACAGAAACCCUUUUCACCUCUUCUUGUGUCUCAGCAAUGGCCGGUUCUUGUUUUUAAAGCCUGUCGUUUUUCUGGGGUGGGUUUUGGGUUGGAAAUGUUGCUAUCGCCUCAUUCACUGCUUUCAUGAAAAAUUAAAACUUUUUUUUUUUCUGUACACUCGUAGAAUUUCUUUUUCCACAUCAGCAGCAAUACGGUCAUGAAAUGGAAGUCUGGAGUCUUAAUUUCCUUUUCCUCAAUGUGAUUCAAACUUCAAUGUAAAUAAAUGAUUUAUUUUCUGGAUCACCAA